CUGGGCCGGGUUGAGUGCUGCAAAGGACAGAGCAUGGAGAGCUCGCAGCUCUGCCACUGCGGCUCUCCCCCUGUCGAAGCACUGAACGGCCGGAUCUGCUGCAAAAUUCAACAAGGGUCGGAAGGCUUUUGGAGACCUUGGAUCGCCACCCCUAAAGAUGUAGAAAGGCAGCGCGGGCAAAACUACAGUGCGCUAUGUAGCCUUCCUGAGAUUACAGAAGACUCAGCAAAAUUUACACAGUACACGCACCCAGUCAGAUUAUUCUGGCCCAGAUCAAGGUGUUUUGACUAUUUAUAUCAAGAAGCUGAAGCACUGCUGAGAAACUUUCCUGUCCAAGCCACAAUUUCCUUUUAUGAAGACUCAGAGAGUGAGGAAGAGAAUGAGGACCUGGACUCCCAAGAGAACUGA